UGGGAUAUCGCAACUAUCGCGCAUGAUCGCGCGGUCACUAGUCUACAAACACUAGUAGUAGGAUCGUCGGAAAUCUGGAUCCUGGAGGCUCGUCCAAAGCGGCUACGUAGUGGGUCCGACUCCUAGUUGUCCACAGUAUACGUCCUGUCUCUAAGGUGUUGUCUAUUGAGUAGGAGCUUCAUGCAGGACUGUCUUAUGUUGAGUGCUGAGUCAGCGUAUCAUCCCACUUCAUUCAUGGAGAUGAUGGAUCCUGGUUUUAGCACCAUCGAAAUGCAGGAUGCGACAACAUCAAUGGGCCUGGACUUUGCUAAUAGUCAAUCAUUGGCUACAAAUUAUUUUGAAGGAGUGACUGUUGAUUCUCAGGAAGAUGCAAUCGAUGAGCUACUUUUUCAACACGGGAUGCAGAUGAACUAUCCUCGCCCUACCUACAAGCAGGAAUAUUUAGCAAGCACAUGUUCACAACAUGAUUUUCAAAUCUACCAGUUAGAGUUACCACACAGAGCUGUGACUGGCUCAACGUCAUCUGUAUGUUCUAGACUAAGUUCGACAAGAUCUUCACCAGACACUCUAGUAAAUUCUUUUGCCCCUGAGGUGGAUCUGUUUGACUUGAAUGUGCCAGGACCAUUUAGUUCUAAAUCAAUAGACUCUCUACAGUCAUAUACAGACUCUUUGCCUCUACCGUCAGCCUCACCUCCGUUUUCCUAUCUGAUAGAUCCAGUCUGUAAUUUCACAAGGAGUGUGUCAGCUGGUGUUGACGCACUUGACAACAGUAAUCUGAAAAUACAAAACAUUGCAUUGCAACAAACCGAAAGGUUGAUACAACUUGGCAAGCAACGGUAUAAGGAAAUGUCUGCAGUAAACUCAUCAAAGGAAGAUUCAAAACAACCAGUAUAUAUAGCAGUAGCAACUUCAGCUGUAAGCCAUCAACCACCAUCAAACCAAGCAAAGGAAAAAGAGAAAAGGGCGACUAGUGAACACUCUGACAAAGACACGGUGGCUGAUGCAAAAACACUAGUCAAGAACAAGAAGGCAAUAACAGAACCAGCCAGCAAUGAACACAAACCUGCUGCAAAAGGUUACAUGUUUCGACCUCGAGUAGAUGAUGAGAGCAGAAAGCAAAUCAUCGAUGAAGAGUACACAGAUGUGGAAUCGCCUUCAAGCGAGAGUGAGGCAACAAGUGAGGAAGAGGAAGAGGGCAGUGACAAUGACCCAUACUGGCCAAAGUCAGAAAGAAAUGGCCAGCGUGGACAUGGUUGCGGCGCAGGAGCAAGACUGGGCAAUACUGCACAUUCUCCGCAACUCUGGGAGUUCUUACUAAUGGUGCUUGACGACACAAGUAAGAAGAGCGUCAUGGCAUGGAAGGACAAGGGAGACGGAGUAUUCAAGAUCUACAAUUCAGGUUCUGCAGCAAAGCUGUGGGGCAAACACAAGAACAAAGGAAAUAUGAACUAUGACAAGAUGAGCCGGGCCAUGCGCUACUACUAUGGCAAGGGAAUCUUCGAAAAAGUGCCAGGAAGACUUGUCUACAAGUUUUCGCAGCAAGCCAGAGAGAAAUACGCCAACAACAAAGCUAACCUCCUGUACAACCGUUCUAUACCCCAAAUGACAUAGACUGAUCCUGCGUGCAGGAGGUCACUAAAAACUGCAUCAUUCUUAGUUGCACAAUGAACAAAUCUUAAUUGUUAUCAGUACAGUAUCGUACGGAUUGGGAUAAGAUAUUGUUUACAUGCACGCUGCGCAUCUUUGUUGCCUAUUUUAUGUAUUAUGAAAGGAACUGUCUCUAGAAGACAUGCACCCAGUGUGUAGUAGGUGUAUUUGUACAUGUAUACAUAUACAAUUGUGAAUAUAUUGCUGGUAGAUAUCA